AUGUAUUUAGUGGCUGCAAAGCCCAAAAUCUUGCUACUCGGCGAGAUAGAUCAUGCUCAGGAGCAAUGGCAAGGUCUCAGCGGCUUAGGCGAACUGAUCAAACCACAAGCGACAAACAGAGAAGAGUUUAUUGCAGAAUGCAAUAAUGGAAGAUUUGACGACGUGGUCGCCGCAUACCGAACCUUCACAUCUGCCGCCAUCACUGGACGAUUCGACCAGGAACUCGUUGACGUCCUCCCCAAAUCGUGGCGAUACCUCUGUCACAAUGGUGCUGGAUAUGACCAGAUCGACCCAGACGCGUGCUCUCAGCGAGAUCCACCUCUAUAUGUCUCGAACGUGCCAUCCGCUCCUGAUGAUGCCACAGCAGAUACCGCAAUUUUUCUCAUGCUCGGCGCGCUGCGAAACUUCAACGUCUCUAUGGAUGCAUUGAGGCGAGAAGAGUGGAAAGGCAAGCCAGCUCCAGCGCUAGGACACGACCCACAAGGUAAAAUAUUGGGAAUUCUCGGCAUGGGCGGAAUCGGAAGGAACAUGUCGAAAAAGGCCGCUGCGUUCGGUAUGACCACCAUCUAUCACAAUCGACGAAAACUGGACGACGAAAAGGCCGGUGGCGCAGAAUAUGUUUCCCUGGAGGAUCUCCUGAAGCGAAGUGACGUAUUGAGCCUCAACCUUCCCCUCAACCCGAAGACUCGACACAUCAUCUCAACAGAACAACUCAAGUUGAUGAAAUCAAGCUCGAUCAUUGUGAAUACAGCUAGAGGUGCUGUUAUCGACGAGGCUGCGCUUGUAAAAGCGUUGGACGAAGGAACGAUUGCUGGAGCAGGUCUGGAUGUGUUUGAGGAAGAGCCCAAGAUACACCCUGGUUUGGUCAAGAACGAGCGCGUGAUUCUGCUGCCACACAUGGGAACUUGGACGAAGGAAACUCAGAGGAAGAUGGAGGUGUGGGUUAUCGACAAUAUUCGGAAGGCACUUUCUGAAGGCAAGCUGCUAUCCAUUAUUCCAGAGCAGGAGAGCUUGUAA